CUUCAUUAGUCCCUGGCGCUUAUCUUGGAACCACAGCCACUGACAGAACUACCCCAGCCCAUCUCUCUGCCGCCCUGCACCCAGCAGCGUCAUGGGGAACUGUCUUUACCGGGUGGCUGAUGACAACUCCACCAACUUGGCCUUUAAAGAGGAAGAUUGGAGAGACUUUUCAGAGGACUACUAUCCAGACUAUAAUGAGACCGACGUGGAAGCAGCUGCGCCCUGCCACUCCUGCCCGCUGCUCGACUACUCCUCCCUGCCCUUCUUCAUCCUUGUCAGCGUCCUGGGCAUCCUGGCUAGUGGGACCGUCCUCUAUGCGCUUCUCAGACCUCUGUUCCGCUGGCAGCUCUACCAGGACAGGCCUACCCUGGUGCAGCUGGCUGCGGGCAGUGCCCUCUUCAGCAUCGUGGUGCCCAUCCUGGCACGGGGGCUCAGUGGGGCUCUCAUCACCUCCCUGUGCCACCUGGCUCAGUUGGUCGCCUAUGGCUCAGCCUUUGCUCAAGCUCUGCUGAUAGGGUACCAUGCCUGCCUGGGCCCCCAGCUGGGUGCAGGCCAAGUCCCAGGCCUCAGGCUGGGGAUUACUGUGGGACUUUGGGGAGUGGCUGCCCUCCUGUCACUACCAGUCAUGCUGGGCAGUGACACUUCCCAAGGACUCUGCAUUGUGACCUUCAGCGGCAAGUGGGAAAUGUUGCGGUAUAUACACACUGCAGCCUGCUUUGUCAUCUUUGUCUUGUUGCCACUGGGUUUGUUGGGAACCAAGGGGCUGAAGAUGGUGCUGGGCAGGGCGCCAUGCCCAUGGGUUGAUGGCUUGUGGGUCUGGUUCAUUUUUUGGUGGCCUCAGGGCAUGGCUCUGGGAUUGGACUCCCUAGUGAGGUCCAGGGCCAUAGUGCUGUCAACAUGUCCAGUCCAGCAGGCCCUGGACAUGCUGCUGGAUGUGGCAGAAGCCCUGGCAAUAUUGCACUGUGUGGCGACACCCCUGCUCCUUGCCUGGGUCUGCUACAAGGCCACUCACACCUCCCCACCCUCCCUGCCUCUGCCUACAACACAGACUUCUCAUCUGGACACCCUUGGAGGCAAAUCCUAGCUCUCUGCCCACCUGUCAACCUGAAUUAAAGUCUACGCUGUUUUUUGUUA